UGUCCCAAUCUAGAGAGACCCUGACAAGUUGUGACCUGCAGGAUACAAGCUGCGUCCUGGGGGAAAGAAUCCCCUUCUAAAGCUCUGUGAUCAAUGACUCAGCUAUUGUCCCUGCGCAUAAUGUCUCAGGCCCCUGGGGCUGGGGCAGGGGGUGUGGCUCAUUUGCAAAGCACCACCUGCCCAUUGAUCCUGACCUGCCUCCUUUCCCCACAGCAUGUCAACCUCUGGAUCAUGUCCAGGGUGCCCCGGGAGAGAGCCUGGGCCAUUAAGAGCAGCACAGCCUUGCUGAGCUAUGCAGUCACCCUCCCCGAGUUUGACAUCUCAGCAGAGUUCCCUAGGCUGGGUCACCAUGUGGCCCAGCUGGCUCUGUUUGUGAGUGACCCAGACCAGGACAUCAGCCGACCCGCCAGGGAGGGGACUUACCGGCUGUACCAGCUGCUGCUCGAACAGAGGGGUAAGGAACCCACUGGGACACGGAACCCAAGAGGGGACUGAGAGGGACCACAGGUGGAGAAUGGGACCCCAGACAAUUUCUCUCAGCCUGACCCCAGCUGGAGAACAAGUCCC